AUAAAGCAGUUAUCUGACUUAGAGAAUACAAAUUCUGCUGAUAGACAAGCAAUCCUACAACUGUUACCGCCUCUAGUGAGAGAAGUAGGAGUUGACAGUAAUGACAUCCAAGAAUUAAUAGAAUUGAUCACCUCCAAUUUGAUAUCGACAGCAGACCAAAGUUAUAUUAUUGAGGAGAUACUCGUUCCAUCAAAGUCAUCACAAUUGCCUGUUGGGGUCAUUUAUCAAAUUGUUAGUCAGAUAGGCAUUCCCCAAGUGUACCACAAGAAUGGCCGUAAAACGAAACUGAAAAAGUUGUCUAAAGGAGUACAAAUCAAGUUACUCGAGUGGCUAAUCUGCUCCAUUCAUUUAUUUGGUGCUGCUACCUCUAAGACAUUACAGCGGAUGCUGCCAAUUCUUUUCAACUAUUUAUCUUAUGAAUACCUGAGACCAUACAUCUCAAAUUUAAUUUUUCUUGGUGUUGUGGGUGGCAGUUCGAAUUUUAGAACAUUGUACAACCAACAUAAUAUUCGCCUGGUUCCAACCUUCAAAGCAUGGCACAUACAGCUUGUUGUCGAUUUGUAUGUCAAAUUUCCAACAGAUGAGUACUUAAGGGCAUUGUUAAUCCUUUUCAAAAGUUUGGACCCUCAGAUUAACCUACAUGAUUACUCUCGAAAUCUGAUCUUUGAUACGCUUAAAAUUGGCCCUGUAUCCCCUAAUAUUUUUCUGUAUCCUAAUGCGGGGUAUUUGAACAAGUUAAAUGGGGUCGAUAGCACAACUGUGCUGAACGUAGUGCUAAACCACAAUUUAAAGGAAUAUUCGGAGUUUGGACAGACAAUAAAAAGAAGAAAACUCAAUAGAGCCCCAAUUCAGAAUGAAACCACUAUUGUGUUUGAUAAUAUCGAUAUUUCGACACAAGCUAACCAAAGUACGGCGUACAAGCUUCGGAAUAAUCAGGACUUGAUUGCCAAUUUAGCUGAUGCAAGGAGCAUAAAAAUUAAUGAUCUUUUCCAAUCUAAGGAUUCAUUCACAUUAUCGAAACUACGGAAAUUGAUGGUUAUUUUACAGAUUAAUGCCGACAAAAGCUUUGGCUCUAACCUCCACAAGAAAUUAGACCAUUAUGUUAAGCUCAGUCUCAUUGAUGAUAACUUGACUUGUUCAGAGCUUGAAAAACUUUGUGACGAAGUUCAGAGCCUCAUGAAGUUCAGUGCUGGUACACUAGAUCUUCCACUGGUCGAGGAAUUAGUAUUAUAUCAGUUUGAUUUUAACCCAAUACUUAUUCUGAAUGAACCACAACAAAGGGAAUUGAAUAAUUUAAAUCAGAGAUUGAAGUUUUUAAGGUUUUUGCCUAUCAAAAGCUUCGAUAGCCUCAAUUUGUUCUUGAAACCCACAUUGGAAAUAUUUGAGCGAAAUUCAAGAAAUAAAUUAUUGACACACAAAUUGAAUGUCCUAUUAUUAACAUUUAUCCAACAAUUGAUAUUAAUGUUCGAAAUUUGGAUUGUCAGGGAAGUUGAUAGGCCAAUUGUUUUUGAUACUGUUGAUAAAACCAUUUCAAGUUUGUAUGAUUUCUUUACAAAUCAUAUCAAAGAAUACGGCUCAAGUUCAGAGUAUAUGAUUAUUAGUAUUUUCAAGUUCGUGAAAUCUAUUGAUUUGGACAUUUUAAAUGAACACUUUUCGGACAAUGCAGUGGUUCCACCCAAGGUGAUAGUUUACAGAUUGUUGUUCAAGGGGGACCCAUUUCUCAUCUCAGAAUUAUGUGGGUUUAUCGCUCAUACCAAGUCUUACUAUUUCAAGAAAGAUCAAAUGAAAGCUCUACAAAACAGCUAUAUCAUGGAUAUAGUGAAUUUUCUUUGGCGUGACAAAGCUCUUCAUCAGGAAAAUAAUUUGCUGUCUUCAAGCAGGGGAUUCUUUUUACAUCCUGACUUUCAACCAUAUGUCAGUUCAUUACAUGUUUUCAAUUAUUCAAAUAUGAUUACAUUAUCUACUAUAGGGAACUUGUUUGUCAACCCAGCAUGGGCCUAUUUGAGUGCUCAAAUUGUAUGGAAGCUUGAAGAUCAAUCUAGUGAAGUGACCACCAGGCAUCAAGGUCCCGUUAGUAAGGAAAGCAUUUUAAGGUUGCAAACCGAUACUGAUAGUCUGUGGCUUAGUGUAUCGUAUGAUGACUUGAAGUUAAAGGUAUUGAGAGAAUUAGAUGCUUUGGGUUUCACAGGCUUGGCUGACUUAAUGUUUAAUUCGUUAAAGACUCUUCAAAACCAGCGU